UUGUCUGUAGUGCCAGGAGGAAAACAGAAGUUUCACUUCAUGGCAAGAAGUGAUAUGUUGCAACAGAAACUGCCCCCCAAAUUGGGCAGAAGGAAUCUUCAUAAAUUGUGAUCAGCGGACCUUCAGUCAGUUUUUGCUGAGAUGGGUUACACAGCUCACAGUUCAGUCCUGGGAUUUAUUCUUAGAUCUACAAUGAUAAAUGGACUUAUGAUUGUUCCUGUCCUAGUGAUGAUAGUUUUUCCUUCACCAAGCAAGGCCGACGAUGAGCUAAAAUUAAUGACUGACUAUGAAUGCGUGUGUGAAGGCAUGUCAUGUGUGAACGGAGUCCGCUGCAGAGGACAUAGGUGCUUUUCCUCCUUGAGCAUCAAUAAUGGCGCUAGAGUAUAUCAGAAGGGUUGCUUCCAAGUCUACGAGCAGGGGAAGAUGACAUGCAGAACACCUCCAUCUUCAGAUCAAGCAGUUGAAUGCUGUCAAGGGGACCUGUGUAACAUUAACAUAACAGCAGAGCUACCAACAAAAGGGCAUCCACCUCAAGGGGAAGCAAUGGGUUAUACCAUGGAAACGCUUGUCAUUUUCAUACUGGCUCCCGUUAUGGUGCUGAUCGUAUUUUCUGCAGCAGCGGCGCUGAUCAUCAGAAAGAUUCGGCAGCGCCAUAUGGAAAGGCUGAAUUCAAGGGAUGCAGAAUAUGGCACAAUUGAAGGGCUUAUAGCCUCAAAUGUUGGUGAUAGCACGCUGGCAGACCUGUUGGACCAUUCCUGUACCUCUGGUAGUGGCUCAGGGCUGCCUUUCCUGGUACAAAGAACAGUGGCUCGGCAGAUUACCCUGUUGGAGUGCGUAGGGAAAGGCCGAUAUGGAGAAGUCUGGCGAGGACAGUGGCAAGGAGAGAACAUUGCUGUCAAGAUCUUUUCUUCCCGAGAUGAAAAGUCCUGGUUCAGAGAAACAGAAUUAUACAAUACUGUGUUGCUGAGGCAUGAAAAUAUUUUAGGUUUUAUUGCCUCAGACAUGACAUCACGGAAUUCCAGCACUCAGUUGUGGCUAAUCACGCAUUACCAUGAAAUGGGCUCGCUCUAUGACUACCUGCAACUCACAACGUUGGACACAGUGAGCUGCUUACGAAUAGUCUUGUCCAUAGCUAGUGGCCUUGCUCAUUUGCACAUUGAGAUAUUUGGGACCCAAGGAAAACCUGCCAUUGCUCAUCGGGACUUGAAGAGUAAAAAUAUCCUCGUUAAGAAAAAUGGGCAGUGUUGCAUUGCAGAUCUAGGCCUCUCCGUCAUGCAUUCUCAAAGUACCAAUCAGUUGGAUGUUGGGAACAACCCCCGUGUGGGUACCAAGCGCUACAUGGCCCCAGAAGUCUUAGAUGAAACCAUUCAGGUGGACUGCUUUGACUCCUACAAAAGAGUUGAUAUUUGGGCAUUUGGACUAGUCCUCUGGGAAGUAGCCAGGCGCAUGGUUAGCAAUGGUAUAGUUGAAGACUACAAACCCCCAUUUUAUGAUGUAGUUCCUAAUGAUCCUAGUUUUGAAGAUAUGAGAAAAGUAGUUUGUGUGGAUCAGCAGAGGCCAAAUAUUCCCAACAGAUGGUUUUCAGACCCUACGUUAACUUCCCUUGCUAAGCUCAUGAAAGAAUGCUGGUAUCACAAUCCAUCGGCAAGAUUAACAGCUUUGCGUAUCAAAAAGACGUUGACCAAAAUUGAUAAUUCCUUGGACAAGCUCAAAUCUGACUGUUGAUAAACAGCCACGAUGCUGGCAGAUACAAAGAAGGACAAACAGCUUGCUGAACUCUGGGAUCAGCACAGUUGUAUACUCAACCAGCCAUCGGAGAGGAAACAGAGCCAUGCGAACCUUGAUUAGAGCCUGUCGUGGCAUUUUUGCAAAUGGCCACUCAGUAAAGACUUCAAGCUGAAUCUGUGGUGGCCUAUGGAAGAAGACAGAGGAGUCCUAAGACAAAAUCGGGGCAUUAGAACCAUGGCUUUUAAUUUUUUUUCAGUUCAUAAAAAGAAACAGAGUGUUAAUUGUCUCUUUGAUGCUCCCAACUUUGACACAUGGAAGCGGUCAAUUUUAACCCACAACAUUGCCCGUGUUUCUCUUCUUUGUUGCACUAGGGGAUUCCUUGCAUUCCUUCCUUGCACUGUUACAGUUUAAUUUUAAAGAACUGACUUGCCAAAAAUAGGAUUGGCUCUGUACUCCUUGGUCUAUGUUUUUGAAUAUAGGAAAUCAGCUUGGGCAACCGAACCUGUAACUGACUCUUUCUCUCUCUCUCGCUCUCUCUUCUCUCUCUUUUUUAUUUUGUUAAGCUGCAUUUUACAUAUGUGUACUGUUUACAAUAAUGCUGGACACUAGGAAUUAUUGUUGAUGAGGAAACAUGCAGAUUUUAUUUAUUACUAGUGCAUUUAACAGUUUUUAAAAAACUGAGAAAAAUGCAUACAGUUAAAAUUUAUUUUUAUGUAGCUUCUAUCAUUUCUUAUAGCCUCCUUUUGGUAAUAUCAUAUAAUCUGAAUUGGUUCUGUUUCUUUCCCCUGUUGAAUCAUUUAGACAUUUUAAUCACAAUUUUUUAAGUGCUUCACAUUUUAUAUGCGUGUGGUCUGUAACAUAUUUUCAGUUCAAAAUAUGCAAAACAUUUAUAUAUAAAUAUUAUAUAUAUAAAUAUAUAUCUAAAUAUAAAAGCCAUUAUCCAAAUUAUGUCACAUCUAGUACCUUAUUGAUUUAGAAGGAGGGAUCAGCUGAGCAAAAGAGCAAAACAAUAGGUCAUGAGAAAGUGCUGCUCCCCCCACCCCCGCCAGCUAUACGUAAUGAGCAUUUAAAUGCUGACAGGGAAGACAUUGUUUUAAUUUGCUUUUUUUCCUAUUGAUUAGUUACUUAUAUAAAUGAAAGAGAAUAUUUCCCAGUGAAAUGGAAGGGGAGUAUUCUGUUAGUGCCUCCUGGGCUAAAGGUGAAGGCAGUAUGUUUAAGGUGAAGCAUCACCAGCAUAUAUCUGUGGGUGAUUCCCACCCUGUGCUGUGCUGGAAAGUUAGCUGUUGUGUUCUCUGGCCCAUGUGAUGGAAGGGAUGUCUCUGAGGUUUGGAAUGCCGGAGCAGUCCCUCACGCAGGGGGUGCCAAUAUUGGGUAUCCAUUCUGGAGCUGUGACCUCAUAAUGGCAUGGAUUGUUGUGUGAUGUAUGGACGAACCAAAUUAUGUGUUCUGGCUGCUUUUUUAUAUCAAGUUUCCCAAGUAAACAACUUCGAUCCCAGUGCCUUGCCUUAUACUAUAGUUACUCUCUUUUUGAAGCUUUCCAGGUAAAAGCUAGGGAUGCUGAACCUAACAACCUUUGAACAUUAAACCAGCACAAUCCCACAGGCUUGUCUAGAAACAGGCUGAAUGGACUUGGUUUCAAAUGAGAGUAUUUUAAAUAGGACAGGACAAUUGAGGCUUUCAUUAUCCCCUGUCCUAUCUUAUAUGCUUCAAUAACAGUUAUUUGGGAGAUGUGUACAAGAGCUUUGGUUUGGACAGCUAUGUGCUCAGUGAAAUACUACUGCUUUCACUAAAAGGAGAUAUGACAUCAUUCGUAUAGUAUUGGAUAGAUAUACCAUGAUUUGUUAGGAUUUAUUUGCAUCUCCUAUAUAGUGUAGAUUUUCAAAUGUUACCUUUGCAGUGCAGAACUUUGCCAAGUGGUCUCAAAAGUAGCAUUUGAAUUGAUUGUAGAUAGGAACUAAUUCCCCACCUCAAAAAUUCCCUGCUUGCAGAAAAGUAGUUAAAUCACUUCUUCCUCAUAUUUAACACAAGAAAUGACAAUUUUGUGGCCCUAGGUUCACAUAAAAGGGGCAACUUAUAUGUGAAUAAGCGAAGAGUAAUGCUGGGAAGGACCCAUAAAAAAUGGUGUUUGAUAUACUUCUUCCUAAGCUUUCUAUAGUUUUGAUAAGCAGCUUGGUAUUUUCUAAGAGAAUUGUAACUUGUCCAAUUAACUUUCACUUGUUAAAAUGCUUGGUGACAACCCAAAUCAAAGAAAAAUAAAUGAGAAGUUACCAAUUUUUAACAAACUCCAUUUAAUAUUUAUGAACUUUUCCAAGAGGACUGGCUAUCCAUCUAAUAAAUACUCUAUCUUUAACUUGUUUGUAUGGCUAUUUAACAAUUUCUACAGACUGAUGGAGUUUCUGUGCAUCUACUAUUUCUGAUUUGCUGCUUCACUUUAAUAAUCUUGGUAGAUCUUUUUGUUUUCAAGUAGUCCAAAGCUAAAGAGGAUUACAAUGCAGUUGACACAUUUACAUGAAUGUAGAAAAUAUCUAGGGGAUCACUGCUGCCGUAGAAAGAAUGUGUUUGAGUUCGUAUCAUACCUGGAAUAGUAAUUGCAGGAGGUGUGCAAUACAUUUCAAAUUUGAAACAUUUUAAGCUAGAAAUGCCCAUAGCACUGAAACAUUUCCUGUAAAAUUGAAACAGCCUGUUUUGAAUGUGGAACAGCUGUUUACAGCUUGAAACUUGGCAUUUUGGGCUAAAAAUAUUGUAAAUUUGAAAUGUUGGCAUAUUCCUAGUAAUUGCUGUCUACAAAUUAUGGUAAUUGCAAAAUGCAGAAAAACAGAAAUCUUGUAUUAAUUACCUGAUUGGUAAUUCUGUAAUGGAAUAGAUUCUUCUUAAAUUGCUGCCAUUGCCAUUUUAGCCAAAAUAAUAGAUAAAGCAAUACAGUAUAUGAUUUCAGUAUUUGAUAACUGUACAUCAUGGGACAAGCAUUCCUUUUCACAUAGUUCUUUAAGUUGCAUUUUCAGGUCCAAAGCCGCCCUAAAACAAACGUCCCUCCAGAUCUGUGAAUUUGAACUUCCAAAUGUUGAGAUAUGGCUGUGCUGCUUGGAGGGCAUCAAGAUUUGGGAAGGCUGGUCUGAGGUAUCAGGGAUUACGUUUCUUCAGUAAUAUGCCUACCGUAUGAAGAAUUAGGCCCCUAUGACUCAAACAUAUUGGGGAGCUGGUAAAACCUCUCCUUAAAACAUAGCAAGUUGCAGUGUUUAAGAAUAAUAAUCUUUUUAUGCAUUACAAGAGAGGUUUUACAUUACUUUGAUAGAAAUUAGGAUGCAAUACAUUAAAUAAUGUGCUUCUAUUCACUUAGCAAGGAAUAAAUUGGCAUAUAGUUUUUCAAAAUGCUAUAAUCCAGUGUACAAAGUAGAGUAAACCUUUACUUGAUCAUAGGUGGACUGUUCCCAGAUAGACACACUGCUGCUGUGAUGGCAGUAGGAACUCCUGUUUAUGAAAAUGAUUUUGGCAUCAUUAUUUAUUUAUCAUAUUUAUAUAGCCACCCAUCUCACACAAAG